GGCUACGUUGUAUAUUUUGCUUGCCAGUAAAUGUUUUACAAAAUUACUUUUGACAGCACUGCCAAAUUAUUUGUUUUAAAUCAAUCACGAUGGACGGAGAUCAGAUCCGGAGGAGCAGCAGUGAUCGGGACUUGGAAUACAGUCGAUGUCGGCGUAAUGGUGUCCAUUACGCCACCAUUACAGAUUUUCUGGCCAGCCUCAAUACCAAUGAUACCACCUUGGGAUCGGCUCAGGGAAGGAAUACAUUGAGCCUAGAGGAAUACCUACAAAUCGUACGAGGCGGUGCCGAAAAACAGUCUGGCGAUGGAGAUAAAACUAUCGGAACGCGAAAGACAUCGGUCCAGGAUAUUAGCACACAAACGCAGGCAGAUUCAAAAAGUUCUUCCAAACCGAAGCUAAUAUCUCAGUUUACCGAGAAAAUAUGGAUGUGAAAUUAAAGUGUACCUUAGGAUCAUAAAAAUUAAUACAAU